UUAUUUAUUCUGUGCUAAAAUGCGGAAGAAAUUUGUGAAAUUGUUUAGGUUUUGCUAUUUGCAGGGACACGCGAGGUUUUUAUUGCCACUCUUUAUGGCCACUGCAAUGAGUGUUCCGAUUCCUAACAGCUAUGAUAGACACGUAUACAGGUACACUCACUUCCCCGCAACACGAUAUGUUCGUCAAAUUAUGCCUCUCUACGUAAGGCAAAAUAGAGCCAAUUAUAUGCCAGAAGAAAACAUUUACAACAGGGAUGUAUUCAAAACCGAGCAAGAGGAGCCUAAAGAUAGUCAAUUUUCAGGCUCCCACGUUCAACAUUUUAAACAUGACCUCGAAGGUGGAUACGAAAAACACUUGGGCGUUGAAUUGGAUAGCGGUGGGGAGAGCGAACAAAGCGUAAACGAUUAUCAAGUUUUAGGUAACGACGAUAAAACUGUUACGGUCAUAAAGAAAGUCGCGGUACCGUACCCUGUAGAAAAGACUAUCCGGUAUCCUGUGGUGAAGAAAGUAUUAUAUCCGGUCAAAGUGCCGAUUCCGCAGCCGUACGCGAUCGAAAAGCAAAUACCGUAUCCCGUCAAGGUCUUCGUUAAAGUUCCUAUAAAAAUUCCAAAGCCGGUGCCGGUCGUCAAGGAGGUCCCAUAUCCGGUUAAAGUGCCGGUGGACCGUCCUGUACCGGUCAAAGUGUACGUCCCGCAGCCGUAUCCGAUCGAGAGAAAGAUACACUACGAGGUGAAGGUCCCAGUACCGCGGCCGUUCCCUAUAGAACGAAAAGUGCCGGUACCGGUGAAGAUACCGGUACACGUACCUCACCCCUAUCCAGUUGAGAAAAUCAUUCAUUAUCCUGUCAAGAUCCUGGUGGACAAACCGGUACCGGUUCCGGUAUCAAAGCCAUACCCAGUACCAAUCGCGAAGCCAGUUCCGUAUCCAGUCGAGAAGCCGGUGCCGGUUCCGGUCAGAGUGAAGGUGGAGAGACCGAUACCGAUUCCGGUGGACCAUCCGGUACCGGUCAGGGUAAAGAUUCCCGUACCGGCGCCAUAUUUAGUCGAGAAACAAGUACCGUAUGCCGUAGAGAAAUUCGUGCCUGUACCGAUAAAGAUACCAGUGGAGAGACCUGUGCCGAUUCACGUGAGCAAGCCGGUCGAGUAUCACAUUGAGAAACUUGUUCCCUAUCCGGUUAAGAUACCGGUCGCGGUGCCGAUAGACGAAGGUAUCAAACACCGAUAG